AUGUUCGCCCCUCGCUCGACGCAUUUACCUCGGACCUACUCAGUAUAUCAUCAACCGACAACAACCAGGAAGAACGCGAACAAGGAGAAUGCCGGAGCCCUACCUUCGAAGACACCUUCGAGGGCAGGCAAGCCCAUGAUGGGUGGUGGGUUGGGAACAGGCCUGAGGAUGGGUCUGGGAGUGAAGACCGAAGUAAGAGAUAGGAACGUUUUGAUACAGCAUCAGCAACAGCAAGGAUAUCAAGGUGGGGGAAAAGGUAAGGGAAAAGAAGGUGAAGAUAUAGAACCUAAGAGACUAUUCAGUCACGGUCCAUCCAAAUCAACAACUUCCAUCCCACCUUCUAAAUCACUUUCUUCCAUGCCUCAUAUCCAACUUACCAAAACGCCUGCUCCAUCGAGAAAGAAACAACAGUCUUUCCAGGCAUUACGUACACCUGCUCCGUCAUUUCAGGAGCCUGCACCUACGCCGUUACCAUCUGCUACGAGACAACGACGGAGGUCUAGACAAUCUUUAUCGAAUAUUAGUCUGACACCGAUCAAAGCGUCGAUAGAACAGAGUUUUGUUACUCCCGCUCCAGUACAAUGGGAAGAAGAAUUAAGUUUAGGUAGUAUAGAAGAGACUACCAAUGAGAUGUUGCAGGAUGUCAGGGAGGAGAAUGAAUUGGAUGAUGGGAGUGAUGGUGAUCCUGAAUAUAUGCCUCCUCCUGUACAAGAACUACCUUAUACACCUGCAUACGAUCAUCCAGAUCUAACGUCGAUAUUCUCCACUUUAUCUGGAUUACCUCCAAUGUGGACAGUCCGCGACGACGUGAUCAUGAGGGAUGUACCGGAGUUUGAGUUUCAGGAAAUGAUCGUAGGACGAUUGACUCUGAAGGACGAUGAAGAAUUGGAAGAAGAAUGGUUGAGACCUAAAUCCAAACCUCAACUCGAACCUACUCAACCGACCAAACCCCAAAACACCUCAAUCAGGGGAAUAACAUCUAAAUCAUCCUUGCAACCCAAAACCACACCCCGUCCAAGUGUAACUUCUUCACGAUUGGACACUACAACCAAAACUAAACCACCUGCACCUGUACCUAGACCACCUCCAAUCAGACAGAGAACCACCAUUUCGACUGGAUCCCGAUCCGCACAGUCCCGUCAAGCCUCAUUACACCCCGCACAAAAGGCUGCUCAACCUGUAAAACCGAUCAAGAUCAGUGAGGAGGAUCAGAAGCUGUUUGAGAGUUGGGAGAAAGAAGACGUCCCAUUGGGGGAUUUUGAAUUGAACUUGGAUAUGGACUUUGUUGAUGGUGAUUUGAAUUUCGGAGCGUUAAAACUAUCCGAUUAUGAAUCAUCAUCCCAAUCGAGGCAAUGA